AUGACACCGGCAUCGGCUCCCCGACAUCCGAGUCUGUCUGUGCGGCCGUCCAUACCUGUUUUUCCAAAGUUUCUUUGUGAUUCUUGGAUGUUUCUUUCAUGGUUUGAAUACAUUUACAUCAAUGAUGGUGCGGAUGUCGUUGCAUUAGCUAGAGACUAUGUCAGCUCCUCCGUGCAGAGGCAGUACCACCAAAAAUUUGGCCUCAAUGAGAUGAUACCUGUGGCUGCCAAUGAUGUAGCUUUCUCCAUUCAUGCUGUUCUCUUGACUGCUUUCACCUUGUUCCAAGUUGUAAUUUAUGACCUCUGCGCACUCUUGGUCAUGGCUGGUAAACUGCUUCAGGAUAUUUUGAACUUUCGAUGA